UUCUCCAUCCACUCUGCGGAGCACUACACGGGACCUGUUGGAGCUGAAGUCGGGGCUUUUGGAACUCAGAUUUAGGGGAAAGACCACAAUGUGGCCGGGAUAAGGGCCAGGACGGAUGAUGCGUGUUGCGCCGCGCCUCUUCCAUGCAAGAAGAGUCUGUCAGCAGCAGAGAUGGGCGCCCUUCCUGGACUCUCUCCUCCCCGCCGGCCGCGGGGGGACCGCUGCCGCCGCGCUGCGCUGCUCCUACCUGUAGCGGCGGCCGUGCUUCAGCUUUGCUCCGCUUUUAACCUGGACGCGGAGGGACGCGCCGUCUUCACGGGGCCGCGGGGGAGUUAUUUUGGAUAUUCCGUGGAAUUCUUCGGGAACUCAUCCAGUAUUGGUAUAUUAGUUGGAGCUCCGAAAGCCAACACCAGCCAGCCGGACAUCACACAAGGAGGAGCUGUGUACCGGUGUUCCUGGAGCCAGAAGAACUGCAGUGUUGUCAGCUUUGACCAGCAAGGUGACCGGUACUUUUACAUAAAUGAUGUGAAGACUCAGGUUGAGUUCAAGUCGCAUCAAUGGUUUGGUGCUAUUGUGCGUUCCCAUGGUAGCAGCAUCUUGGCGUGUGCUCCCAGGUAUUACUGGAGGACAGAACACGACACACCCUUUUCUGAUAUCACAGGAACCUGCUACCUCUCUGUUGACAGUCUCAAAACCUUUGUGGAGUAUGCCCCAUGCAGAACAGAAAGACACGGCCCUGCUGGACAGGGCUACUGUCAGGGUGGAUUCAGUGCUGACUUCACCAAGGACGGGAAGGUUAUUCUUGGAGGACCUGGUAGCUUUUACUGGCAAGGUCAGCUGAUUUCAGCCACCACGGAGGAGAUCGUUAAGGCAUACUACCCCUCCUACUUCCUGCUUUCGGUCGCCGGGCAGAUUCAGACCCAGCAGGUCCAGGGGAGCUAUGAUGACAGUUACAUGGGUUACUCUGUGGCCAGUGGCGAGUUCAGUGGGGACAGUGAGGAAGAUUUCAUCGCAGGAGUUCCAAAAGGACUCAUGCUGUAUGGUUUAGUGUCCAUUUUAAGUGGGAAGGAUCUGAAGUCUGUACUGAACCUGACCGGGGACCAGAUGGGGUCCUACUUCGGCUACGCGGUGGCGGCCACUGACAUCAACAACGACGGUUCGGAUGACCUGGUUGUUGGUGCUCCAACAUUCAUGCGCCCGGGGUUCAACGGACGACUGGAGGAGCUGGGGAAGGUGUACGUGUACCUCCAGAAGGGCCCGCUGCAUCUAGAGCCGGCUCAAACCCAUCUCCUAGGCUCACAUGUUUUUGGUCGAUUUGGCACCUCUCUGGCUUCUUUGGGUGAUCUCAACCAGGAUGGCUUCAACGACAUGGCUAUCGGCUGUCCCUACGGAGGAGACCACCAGCAGGGCUUGGUUUUCAUCCAUAACGGUCACACUGGAGGACUGAAGGAUGUGCCUACUCAGGUUCUUUCUGGCCAAUGGGCUACAAGCUCAUUCCCUGCCAGUUUUGGUUUUGCUCUGCGAGGCAACAGGGACAUUGAUCAGAACGGGUACCCAGAUCUGAUUGUUGGUGCUUUUGGCCUUGAUAAGGCUGUGCUAUACAGAGCGCGGCCAAUAGUGAGAGCCAGUGCUUCACUCACAGUGCAGCCAACCAUGUUCAACCAGGAGGAGAAGACUUGCUCGCUGAUCAAAGAAGGGAAAAACAUCUCGGUUUCCUGUGUGAGCACCAGGUUCUGCCUGGAGGCUGAUGGGAGGCACCUCCCCUCUCAUUUAGACUUUGUGGUGGAGGUGCAACUGGACAACGCAAAGCCGAACCAAAAGGAGUCUGUCAGGAGGACAUUGUUCCUGGAGAGCCAGCAGUCCACCCUGGUGAUGACCUUAAACCUCACAAUCGGUGAACGGGUCUGCCAUGAAGCCAAGAUCUACCUGCGGGCUGAGGAGGAGUUUCGGGAUAAACUCUCUCCCAUUGACGUCAGUCUGAACUUCAGUCUGGAUCCUCAGGCGGCACCGGAUAAACACGGCCUCAGUCCCAUCCUGAAUUACCAGACAGAGCAACGUGUCGAGCAGAAGGCCCAGAUUCAGCUAGACUGUGGGGAGGACAACAUUUGUGUCCCUGACCUCAAGCUGACUGUUAGUGGUGAUAAGUCAGAGGUCUACCUGGGAGAUGAAAAUGCCUUGAGCUUGAGCUUUAAUGCCAGGAACGAGGGAGAGGGAGGGGCUUAUGAGGCAGAGCUCUACGUGAUGCUGCCCCCAGAAGCCGACUACAGCGGGAUUGCACGCGACAAUGAGAGUCUGACUCAGCUGACGUGCAGCUACGAGUCCGAUAACCAGACCCGCCAUCUGGUGUGCGAUCUGGGAAACCCCAUGAAGUCUGGUACCAGUUUAUGUGCCGGCCUUCGAUUCACUGUGCCGAGACUGACGGAUGCUAACAAUGUUGUCCAGUUUCAGCUCCAGAUACGAAGUAAAAACUUCAAUAACUCUGAAAGUAACCAAGUGCUGUUGGAAGUGCAGGUUGUUGCCAAGGCUGAUGUGAUCCUGCAGGGGGUUUCUCGGCCAGACAAACUCAUCUUCCCUCCUCCCAACUGGACCGCUCACCACAAACUGUGGGAGGAGCAGGAUGUUGGCCCCGAGCUUCAGCAGGUUUACGAGUUGGUGAAUAACGGCCCCAGUGUUGUGAGCCAGACGACAUUAGAGGUGAGGUGUCCCCUGAGCGUCCAGGGCCACGCUCUGCUCUACCCUGUGGAGUUGGUCACUGUGGGGCCCCUCAGCUGUUCCUCUAGAACAACCUUUAAUGCAAAGAAACUCAAGCUUCAGGCUCCAGUGUCAGAAAGUCCUACGUCAAUGAAGUCCAGCGCCGAGCACAACAUCCAGAGGAGGGAGGUGUUCAGGGAUCCUCUGGCGGAGCAAGGAAACCUGACGUGCGGCUCAGUGGAAUGCUGGAAGCUGCACUGUGACGUCGCCAGGCUGCAGAAAGGAAGCAGCGUCAUCCUGACAGUACGCUCCAGACUCUGGGCUAAAACCUUCCUCGAGCGCCCCUACAAGCAGCACAUCCUGGAGUGUUCUGUUCGGUAUGAAGUAAACAAGAUGCCAUAUUCCAUUCCGCCCAAAUUCAAGCCAUCUGGCUCAAAGAAGGUGGUGGCGUCUGUGCUGUGGAGCAAGCCGGACAAUCAGUUCUCCAUUCCAGUGUGGAUUAUCAUCCUGGCUGUUUUAGUUGGGCUGCUGUUGCUGGCAGUGCUGAUAUAUCUGCUGUACAAGAUGGGCUUCUUCAAAAGGUCAGAUCCGUAUGGAACAACCAUGGAGAAGGCCCACCUUAAACCCCAGGCAUCCUCUGAAGCUUAGAUCCAAGAAGGAGGUUCUCAUCCUGCAGCUGUUCCACAGAACUGGAAAAGCACCUUCCCCAACCAGGGACGAGGCUCACUGAUCAUAAGCUGGCACCCCUUUUGUGCAGGGUGAUUUAUGGGUGCUGGAUCACUGGAAUCAUGUUUAUCUGGUGCUGCACUAAAAUACCAAAGCAGAAGAGAUGGCUUGGGCCAUGCAACUGGAGAAGCAGUGCUGUUUUGGAAGUCAGUUUAGACAGUGGGGGCCUCAUCAGAAGCUCCAGCGUGUUGAAAAUGUUCCUCCUUGGUCAAUCCUGUGUGAACCUAAAAGAACAAAUGCACCUCCAUCAAACAUCACUAAAUCUCCGGCUUUGCUGCAUUCUAAAAAUGUUGCCUUUAAACCAAGCUUGGCUCCGCGUUUGAAAACUGUUCAGAACUCCAGCUUUUUAUUGAUCUGAACACCACUUGUUAUUUAUGGCCCAGUGUUUUUCUAUUGAUUGUUGAAUGUUAGUGUGUAUUGUCUGCAGGAAACCUGAUCAAACUGCAACGUCUGACUUGAAUCAUUCCUCUCCCAUAUUGGGAGGUUCUGUGUGUAUGAUGUAAUGUAUUCACUGUGUUGACCUCAUUGCUGUUGUGGCUAUAAAAUAAAGCUGAAUUUUGUGUAAUCACCCAAA